UUUUUUGACAGCGAUGGAGCCAACAGUCCUCACCUUUACCAAGGCACAGCUUGAGAAGGCUCGCUCCAAACGCAUUACCCUAGCAACAGUGGCCAUGGUUUUUCUUAGCUUUUCUAUCAUUUUAUCUGUAGCUUGCAUUGCAACCGGGAUUCUCUUUGAGCUCAUAACUGGAGGCAGGACAGAACGUAGACCUGAUGAUAUCGCUUUGGACAAUAGAACUGAGAAGACUAUCAAGGCCGGCUAUGCAUUGCUAGUUGUUGGAUUUGUAGCAGUUAUAGCUUUCUCUGUCUUGGUGAGAAUGCGUGUUGUGUUCCGCCGGAAGCUCCGCGCUCUUGAUACUCCACCAGAGUUCAUUCUCGCGAAAGAAGCCAGGAAGCGCUUAAAGGCGCAGGGUAUCAUCACCAAAAACUUUGUUGUCAUUGUGGCUCUAGAUGAUGCACCUACGGCGGAUACCUCCUAACUUGUCUCUUAUUAUACAUGUCGUAGCAAUUAUGUCAACUCUCACUCUUUCUCACAUGCUAAUUUAGUUCAACGAUAUACGCUAGC